CAAAAACUUUUCGUAUUUGUUUUGAUUUCGUAGUGAAAAUAAAUUAAAUUAAAAAUUCCACCAAAAUGAAUUAAAAUUGAUGCAAAAAUUUACGUGAUUGUCGUUUUGAGUCUGAAUAGCUUCAUCAAGCAUCAAUUUUAGUCCGAAAAUUCCUUCAAAAUCUACAAAAAAAAGUCCAAAAAUAAAAUUUUAAUCUAAUUUAAACCAUCCAAAAAUGGAACCACAAGAAGAUGAGGUGACAGCACUAAGAGAAAAAGGCAAUCAAUGUGUCAAGGAUAGUGACUUUAAGCAGGCAAUUGUGUUCUAUUCGGAUGCACUACGCAAGGCGUCACAAGAUUGGCAUAUUUUAUUUUCUAAUCGAUCUUUUGCUUACUUGAAAGAAAAGUUGUAUUACUAUGCACUCGCUGAUGCCGAAAAGGUGAUUGAACUCAAUCCGAUGUUUGUUAAGGGAUACUUUAGGAAGGCUGAGGUGCUGAAGGAGUGUUGCAUGUAUGACGAAGCUAUUCUAUCAUAUGGACGAGCUCUUAAGCUCGAGCCAACAAACAAUACAAUCAUAACGAACUUAAGACAAACAGCGUUGAUGUGCAAUCGUGAAUCAAUGCUAGAACGGAAUGUUCCUUUUGUAGGUGCCGGCUGUGGUGUAAUUGUUGCCAUAAUAAUCGUAAUCUUCGAUCAAUUCACAAGAACGCCGACCCUAAAGAAUCCAAUGCUGAUGGUCCUCAUUGUUAUGUGCAUAGCAGCCGUAGGAUUCGUAAUUGCAAAAAUUUAUCGAUAUUAUUUAAAAUUACAUAGAAAAGGCUUAAUACAGGAGCCAACAGACCUUUCAAAAGACUUUCUUGUUAAUGAUCAAUCAACUGAUGAGCAGCUGGACGAGAAUGAACUGCCAAAGAAAAAGAAUCGAUACACAAAGUCGCAGGCUAGACUUCGAUUUAAGAAGGGAAAAUCGUAAAUUGGACUUUUUGUGUGUGUGUGUGUGUGAAUAUUUUGAGAAAAUGAAUUAAAUGUAAAAGAUUUGUAAUUCCAAGUAUUUUUAUGCAUUUCAAUAAAAAUGAAGACGUUUGUAAACUUAU